CAAUGUUUCACUUUAUCACGGCGGUAAUAGUCGUUAUUUUAUUUGACCUGAUCGAGGAUUGCGCGUGAUAAUUAACUUGCAGGAUUUGAUAAAGUCGGUCUACUGACACUUCCCAAUGGCGAUGUACGCUCAGCGACUAUCGCGAAACGUGACCAUACGGCCAUCUUCCGCAGACCACCGAAAUUCGGCGGCCAUCCAGAUGGAGCAAUACCGAAAGUAUUCAACCAUCAUUAAGGCCUUCCUGUCCGGCGUCACUUCCGAUAUUAUGCGCAUGCGUCUCACUCAAGAGGCGGACGCCCACUGCAUGUCGGUAAAGAACUUCCUGGAAAAACACAAGUAUAAUAUCCUGAUAGCGCUUCCCGAUAUGAAGUGUCUGCUUCUGCUUGUUUUCCCGCCAAAAGAGCUCGCGCCAGAUCUUGCCCAGUGGAGCACGAGAUUACUUUGCUCAGUCCUUCGUGCUACAAACUGUUUGACGGUGCGUGAGCAGGAUGACGUCAUUAUUCUGACCAAACUGUGCAAAAAAUACUUCCGCCGGAAGUCGCAAUGCACUGUGGGCACAAUUACUAAAACGGGCACGCUGGCAAAGAGAGAGUGGUUCAAACUUUGCGCUGCAGUUCAACGAUUAGUCGAAAAUAUCGACGAUAAAGUCCUAAUGAAACAAGUUCGACAGUUUAUUUGCAGGGUGGAAAUGGAAACCAGAACAACAGAAACGAGACGUGAGACGCAAUGUAGACUGGAAGAUCUCAUUAAAGAAAUGAUUAAAGACGAACACCCCGAUAAGAAACUGACCAAGGAUAACUUAACUGACGAAGCCAAGCAGAUUGUCAAGAGACAGCUUUCUAAUGUAACGUACUCUUUUAAGAAGAGAUCACACUCAACGUCAAGACCAAGGUCGGCUGUACCCAGGUUAUCCACGGUUCUAGAAUCAGAUGAACCGCGUCAUUAUGGUCAAACAACGCGGGGAAUCAAGGGCAGAGGAAGACCUCUGUCUGCUAAAGGAAGAAUCUCGACUGAGAAAACAAAUGAUCGAUCAUUAUAUGACAGUAUUUCCAAAGAAAGUAUGAAGCAGAAACUCUCAAAAACCGCUAUUCAUAUAGACACCAAAGCAGACACACAUAAGCCUAAAGUGCUUGCAAAAAGACGAGAGGUGAAAGUUAUGCGAUUACCCACAAAGAGAAUAACAGCUGAAGAUAUUUACACGAACAGCGUUCAACGCAGACCCAUGUCAGCUUUCAUUGGGAGAAAAAAUAGUUUGGUGAAAAAUCACGUUACCCAAAACGGAAGGCCUUCUUCAAGUAAAAGUUGCAUAGGACGAACUCCUAGUCGCCGAGCUUCCAUUAAAAGGGGUGGUUUUGAACAUUUGAAAAACAAAUCACGCCCUGUGACAAAUCGCUCAGGUUUUACAAAAACAUUACAAUCAAAUACUCAUUGUGAAAAGAAACAAAUAAAUACGCGUACUGCUCCAUCUUUGUCGCGAAAGCGACCUGUAUCUGCGUUACCAAGAUUGCAAAGUGGAACUGAAUCGAGAAAAAUCGGAUCAGAAAGGACAAGACAACCGUUUACUGAUAAAUCGAAAGAUAAAGACCGAGCAUUAGCAAGAUCCAGCAGCAACAUGUUCGUUCCCUCGCCGGUUUGUAAUACUGAGCAUCGCACGGAUGACUUGAGAAAAAGAGUUGAUAAGAAAACCCUUCUUUCAUCUGAACACGCAGAUAAAGACAAGCCGAAGACUUUGAUCGCGAAAGAUCUGCCAGCCGGUAAAACUGACUUUUCUGAUACAGUUGUAGAACGCUUUGGGAGCUUGUUAUGGACAAAGAGUGCACCCAAGAUGGACACGAAGACUCUUGAUAAAUUUCACUCUUUAGAAGACGUUAAAGACACAGAAGAUGAGGUCAACACACCUGAUUCCUUAGAAUGGCAAAUGUCGGAGACACCAAAGGCAUCUAUCAGUAAAGAGUUUAAAGAGAACAUAAAACAGAUUGCAAACGAGGUACUGGUCCAUCAGCAAGUUCAUGAGGCAGUCAGAAACCCUUUGCUCCUAAACAAGAAGUUCGUCGAUACACUUUUCACAUUUCUCCAUGAAAAUCAAGUGACAAAGAAAUUCCUUAGGUCCCAAACCACCGAUCCACAGAAGUCUUGGAAACUGCCCAACGGGACAAGGGCACAGUUUUCAUUUUAUCUCGCCUUUAUCUUCCGUCAUAUCGAGAGGAGGGAAUCCGAACAAGUGCUUUAUUUGGUUCAGAAAAUGAUGAACAGAAUGCAAUGUUCUCACAAAAGUUCCUCAAGACCAAAAUCAAGCCAGUCGACGAAAUCUUUGGAUAAGAAUAAACCUACACCGCUGCAAACGCCUGAUGAUAUGGGCCAAUUGAAAUCAAAACACCCGGUGCGAUCGCGGUCGAAAUCACCUCCACUGACUCAAGGCAGUCGCAAAAUUGCAAGACUCCGUGAAAAGCUGCUGCACUCGCGAGGACAAGGAAGGAAAAACUCGAUUGCGAAAGAAAUGAACGGGAAUAAGUAUGUUCGUCACAGGUCUCUUUCAAGUAGUAGAACAGCAUCGAACGAUACAAGAAUCAGGAUACAACGAAGAUCCCGUUCAAAAUCACCCGCAACAAGAGUUAAAAUUCGAAAUAGAUCUGCUUCACCAAAAACCAGCAAACACACGGAAAGUGACAGGUCGGUAUCACUUAAAACAUCCGUUAAUAACUCACAAAGUCUCAGGGCUAAACCAGAAAGACCAAAUUCAGGCAGUCGGUCACUGUCACCACGCCCAAGCAGCAGUGAAAACGAAAACGUGUGGCUACGUAGCACAUCUAUCGCCGAUGGAAGAUGCUGGAAAUGCGAACAGAAAGACACCGCCAUGUCAAUUUGUGUUAACUGGGGUAACCGACAACUCUGUGAGCUACUUUUGACGUAUGGAGUUCCUUAUAAAGAAGAACAUCUAGUUGCUGCGGUCAAAGCAAACGAUCUUGAAACUCUAAAGCAUAUCGUAGAGUACUUGCAGGACAACUUAUAUUUCGAUCCUGAGAGUAAGGACGUAAAGGAGGCGCUCUACACUGCCAGAAAACACAGCAUGCAGCGCAUCGUGACAUUCCUGGAGAAGAAAGGGGUCCGUGACAACAGGCUGGUUAAUGCUGUCGCGUGUACCAGUUGCCUCAUCAACUAAAGAAGUGUCGCGAGUAUCAGCUGCUUUAACAACUAAAGAAUUGCCGCGUGUCGUAGUUGCCCCAUCAACUAAAGAAGUGUCGCAGUUGCCCUAUCAACUAAAGAAGUGUCGCGAGUAUCAGCUGCUUUAACAACUAAAGAAUUGCCUCGUGUCGCAGUUGCCCUAUCAACUAAAGAAGUGUCGCAGUUGCCCUAUCAACUGAAGAAGUGUCGCGUGUCGCAGUUGCCCCAUCAACUAAAGAAGUGUCGCAGUUGCCCCAUCAACUAAAGAAGUGUCGCGUGUCGCAGUUGCUCUAUCAACUAAAGAAGUGUCGCGUGUCGCAGUUGCUCUAUCAACUAAAGAAGUGUCGCAGUUGCUCUAUCAACUAAAGAAGUGUCGCAGUUGCUCUAUCAACUAAAGAAGUGUCGCAGUUGCUCUAUCAACUAAAGAAGUGUCGCAGUUGCUCUAUCAACUAAAGAAGUGUCGCAGUUGCUCUUUCAACUAAAGAAGUGUCGCAGUUGCCCUAUCAACUAAAGAAGUGUCGCAGUUGCCCUAUCAACUAAAGAAGUGUCGCAGUUGCUCUAUCAACUAAAGAAGUGUCGCAGUUGCUCUAUCAACUAAAGAAGUGUCGCAGUUGCCCUAUCAACUAAAGAAGUGUCGCAGUUGCUCUAUCAACUAAAGAAGUGUCGCAGUUGCUCUAUCAACUAAAGAAGUGUCGCAGUUGCCCUAUCAACUAAAGAAGUGUCGCGAACAAACAAAUCGGGGUCCAAAACAAACCCUAAAUUAGUGUGUGACUUAAAACUAUUCAUUCUGGUGUUUUGUUGAAUAAUAGUUUAAGCCCGGAAUUAUAGAUACUCUGGUUUUCCCAACCUAAACCUCCGGUACAAACAAAAUUAAACCGUUGUAAUAUACACACGUUACUUCGGAAACAAUAGAGUCAUUGGACUGUUACAUGAAUUUCAAUAGCUCGAAAUUCACGUUUUAUUUGUACAGGCAUGGGAAAACCCAGUUAUGUUAAUUCCGGACUAUAUAUAUUAACUAAAUAUCUUAAGUAUCGUUGUCUAUUUUCUAGCAACAUCUCGUUCACGCUGCAAUGCAUUCGUUUAGUAUAUGAAUACAGUUAAAAACCAUCUCUAAUAUAUGUUUAUACAAAACAAUUCCGCUAAUAUGUAUCGUGAAAAUAUUCGUUAUAUCAAAGGUCAUAUUUUAUAAUAUUUGUAUAAGCAAAAGGAUCAACGUGGGUGUUAUAAGAAUAGAUGUACAUUUUCAUUUUGGCUGAUAAAGAAUGGGAUCAUCUCCAAAAUGAUCAUGUACUACAAUAGCUCCCAAGUUAACAACAACCGUGGGAUAAUAUGAAGCAUCAUGAACUCAGCUAGUACGUUUUAUUAAUGUGUCAAAAUAUUAUAGACUUUUUUUCAAUACUUGUUUCUGUUAUUAAGAAACUGUUUUCUUUCUUAUUCAGUUUUGUUCAAAUGUGCAUAUACGUAGUUGUAUAACAUUAUAUAUACUAUUUCCAACAGAUAUUAUUAUUACGUACAAUGCACAUACACUCGUGUAUUAUUUACACACUAUUUUAUAUUUACAUACAAAUGUAAGGCACCUUGAUCUUGUAAAUAAAAUUAAUAUAUAUACAUACAAAUUGUCUCACAAUCACCACAUUGUCAACACAACAAAUG